CAGCAGCAGCGGCGGCGGCGGGUUGGGUAGCGGCUCGCGGGGCAUUGCGCUCCAGCAGGAUGUGAUUUCGCAUUCGCGGCUUGGGGGUACAGGCAACGGCGGCGGCGGCGCAGGCAGCAGCUGAGGGCGACCUUGCAUCGCGCGGAGCGGCCGUGAUCCUGGACAUUGCGUUUCGCUGCUAGGCACUGUGUGUAGAAACCAACUCUCUGAAAAAGGAAAGGCGAAGGACGCGAGCAGAUCAGACACGAGCAAUCUAGACAGCGAUCCAAUAUCGGCCCACUCGCACAGUGGUACCGUGUGUAGAAGCAACUUGAGCUCCAUAUUAGUUUUCAACCAGUUGAGACGAAGCCGCCAUCUCUUGCAGCACCCCGCUGCAACACAUCCUCUUGUCACACGAUCUGCCUGGCUGACUGUAGCGGGAAUUUAAGUCCUGACCCAGAUGGCGCUCGUGCCGUACCGGGUUUCGGGGCCAGCCGCUGACCAGCGCGCAACCGAGCGGCUGCUUCAGUUUCCCGGAGGCAUCACGCUGCGUCUCUUGCAGUGGCCGACGGCGGACAGAGGCGGGGCAGUACCGAAGCCGAUGACCGCCGCCGCUGCUACCGAUGUCACCGUGACCACGCAGCCUGCAGCCGCUGGGCUCGCGCCAGGCGGCGCUCGCUCCAGCAGCGCCAGCACGUUCACUGAUUCGCAGCUGCAGCAGCAGCAACAGCUGUCGGAGCCAUUGCCGUACCAACCACAGCGUCAGGGGCCGCCGCUUAGCAGCCUCGCCAACGUGGGAAUGGUCGUAUGGCAGGCUGGUUUCCUUUUGGCGGAUUUUCUUCUGCGGGAAGCGCCCGAAUGUGUACGGAGCUGCCGCGGAAGCGGUGGCGGCGGAGGCUGGGGCGGUGCCACCACCAUCUCCGCCACUUGUAGCGACUGGAGGUCGCUUACGGUUGUGGACUUGGGCACGGGCAGCGGUGUGGUGGGGAUUGCUCUGGCGCUCGCAGGAGCGCAGGUGUACCUGACGGACCUGCCGCACGUGGUGCCGCUGGCAGCGGCCAACGUAGCGGUGAAUUGCGACCCACGCGUCCAUCGGGCAUGCGUGUGUUCGUACCGCUGGGGUGAUGACCCCGCCGUCGCGUCGAUGGAGUCACAAGCCAUCGGAGCCACAGGUAUUCCGGACGAUGGACUGCGUGCAGCGGCGCCGGCACCAUCUCCUCUUGCAGGCGUUGAGCCGGACCUCAUCACUGCUGCAGACGUGCUUUACCACGAGGACCUGUUGCAGCCGCUCAUGACAGCUCUCCAGCGCCUUUCGGCGCCGCAUACUGUGUCGUACGUGUCUUACAGGGUGCGGCAGGGUGGCGAGGUGGCCGCGUUCUUGGCGCGGGCCGAGGCAGCGGGCUUCGCGGCUGAGAAGGUACCCGCCGCGGCGCUACACGAGGAAUAUCGGUAUGUGGAGCGCAUCGGGGGACCCAGUGCUGGUGGCGGCCUUCCGUACGAUUCCGCGAUGGAGGGCAGCGAUGGCAAUGACGGCGUGGGGCCCCCAGACCUGGCGGUCGAGUGCGGCGACGCCAGGCAGCUUGCUCCAGGGAUGUACGGCAUCCUGAGGUUAUGCCGCCGGGACCCUGCCGUUGCUGCGGCCGGCAGCACUUACGGACGCCAAGUCGAAUGA